AUGAAGGUCCUCAGCAAAGAAGAGGAGGCCGAGCACUACAGCGUCGUCGUCAAGGCCGGCCUCAUCGGCGGCACUGUCGGCUUCGGUGCCGGCCUCGGAGGCGUCCUCUUCGCAUCCAGGCGCUACCCGGCGUUCCGUCAGCUCACCCUGCCCUUCCGCUCCUUCCUCGUCACCUCGUCCGCCACCUUCGGCGCCAUCGUCCAUGCCGACCGCGAAUCGAUCCGCUUCGGCAAGGAAAAAGACCCGAUGUACGGCUACAAAGACGCGACCGCGCGCGCCGUCGCCGAGGCCAAGGCCAACGAGCCAACACUGCAGAAACUCAAGGAGUGGGGUCGCGAGAACCGCUACUCCAUCGUCUUCGGCUCCUGGCUCGCCUCCAUGGGCGUCGCCCUCUCCAUCGUCGGCCGCGACAAGUACCUCACCGGCCCCCAGAAGCUCGUCCAGGCUCGUGUCUACGCCCAGGCCCUCGCCGUCGCCAUGCUCGUCGUCACCGCCGCCUUGGAGAUGAAGGACGCCAAGCAGGGCGCCGGCCGCUGGGAGACGGUUAUGAUUAUCGAUCCCGAGGACCCGGAGCACAAGCACCUCAUCCAGAAGAAGAUUCACAAGGAGGAAUACGAGGGUCAGGACCUGUGGAAGGACAUGGUUGCUGCCGAGGAGCGCCGCAUCGCCGCUCGCAAGGCUGGCGAACACAAGUAA